AUGAAAGACAAUUUCGAAGCUAAUAAUGCCUACUACAUUUGGAUGGAAGCAAUUGCUUUCUCGAUGCAACGAACAAAUGGCAAUUUCGGAUUUCGCGUGAAAGAAAUCCCUGCAACUUGGUUUGUUGACUUGACAGAAGGAAAAGCAGGAGAGGAGGAUAUUGAUUGCAUUUGGGGUAUCCUUGACCGUGUUUGUCUACUGGUCCUAUUGCAGAUUUGGAAUACCAGUGAAAGUGAGGAUCUAAAGGUGUUAGUGAUCGUAUCUCGGCCGCCAGUGAAAGUGUUCAUAUGCGAUGAUUGGCUCAUGCCACACCCGGCAGCCCAACUGAAGUUUCCAUAUUAUUGGGAUGAGAAGUGUUACCAGGCACCACCGGUGAAAGAUGAGCUUAAACAUUUGAAGGCUGAAUUGUGA